AUGUUGGCAGAACUAUCUCAUAGAGAACUGAUAAAAUUGGCGCAGAAAAGAUGCAUACCACCUUUAUUACCAAAGUUUCAUAAGGGACAAUCCGGCGGGAGAGUAUGUAUAAUUGGAGGAUGCGAAGAUUAUACAGGAGCACCAUAUUUCAGCGCCAAUGCCACGGCUCUGAUGGGAUGUGAUUUGACACACGUCAUCUGCGAAUACAAUGCUGGUACAGUCAUUAAGUCAUACACUCCAAACCUAAUGGUCCAUCCGUAUCUUCGUAUGAGCAGCACCAAAUUUGAUAUUGAUAUGGACGAACAAACAAAGAAAAUCAAUUCUUUAUUGGACAGGAUCCACGUUGUGGUAAUUGGACCUGGUUUGGGUCGAGACCCCCUAAUGUUGAAAUCCAUCAAAGAGAUCAUCAGGUACAUACUUGAAAAACAUGAAGGCAAGAUUCCAUUAGUCAUUGAUGCCGAUGGAUUGUAUUUGGUGAGCUUAGACAGUGAGGUUAAACAGAUGCUGAGAAGCUACCCUAAAGGUAGAGUCAUCCUAACACCCAAUGUGGUAGAAUUCAAAAGAUUGAGUGAUGCUAUAGGCAAGAAGGGUGACUCGCACGCCGAGAUGGGUAGCUUGAUCGCUCAGGACUUGAAUUGUAUUGUGGUCGAAAAGGGGCAGUCAGACAGGAUCUUCUCUCCUUGCGGUGAAGAAGACAUGUUGACCAAUACCGAAGAAGGUAGCAACAAGAGAGUGGGAGGUCAAGGUGACACCUUAACAGGAGCCAUAUCAUGCAUGCUCGCAUUCAGUCGUGCAAUGUACGAUUUUAAAAUUUGCGAGCAGGAAGAUACAGGGGAUUCUGCUACUGAUAAAACUUUAAGAAACUGGAUAGAUUACGCUAUGUUAAGUUGUUAUGCGGGUUGCACAAUCACACGUGAAUGUUCCCGUCUUGGGUUCAAGGCUAAGGGACGUGCAAUGCAGACUACAGACCUAAAUGACCGUGUCGGCGAGGUGUUCGCCAAGCUAUUCGGCCGGUGA